AUGCUUUUCUACACAUCGACCACGGACGAAGGGCGAAAAAUAAAAGUGGCUUUGAAGACUGAUUCGGAUUUGAACCGGCUGAUUUCCGAGCAUAAGAAAUAUCCCGUUGUUUACGUGAUCGAGAAGGGCAAACAAUCUGCGGCUCCGGUUCCUCAAGAGCGGGUAUAUUAUGAGGGACAUCGGUCUACUAUGUUUCCUAUUGAGACGGACAUUGGAAGAAGUAUCCCUACACACGAUGAUAGUAGGGACGAUUCAUCGUCGCAGGAGGAGGAAGACGAGUCCGAGUCUUCGGAUGAGGAAGAAGAGGCGAUACGACGCAGAGAGAUAUUGGAUUCAGUGUCGACUGAACAGGAAGCGUGGAGACAGACAGGGCCUCAGAAUUUCACAUCGGAUGAUCAGCCCGAUGUCGAGCCUCGUGUUGGAGUUCAGCAGCUUGAGGCACGUGACUGGGGGAUUCCAGUCCUCGAUUUUGACGAUGCGCCGGCAUUAGGUUGGGAGGAUUCUAACGUAUUGGAGAGCGGGAUAUUAUCAGUGGGGGCUCUAUUCCGGUCAAAGGAUGAUUUGGCAAUCGCUGUUGGCCUGUACCAUAUGGAGAAUCACGUGGAGUACGCCGUGCAUCGUUCCAGUACGACCCGUUUGUGGUUUGUUUGCAAGCAUGGCAACGGUUGUCCGUUCAUGCUGCGAGCCGUUCAGAGUGCAUCGAUCUGGAGAGUGAUCAAGGUGGUGAUGGAUCAUACCUGCCACACGGAUUUGAAUCGCACUGCCCCGAGACAGAUUCCGGCGAGGGUUGUUGGAAGAUAUUUUGCACGGAAAUUGGUAGGCGAGGGGGUCGUUUUGAAGCCGAAGGAGAUGAUGUCAGAGAUGCAGCGCUUAUUCGGUAUUGAGAUCAAUUACAGCUUCGCUCUCCGUGCAAGAAACAUCGCGAUUGAGAUGACGUAUGGUGAUUUUGGGAACUCGUAUCAGAUGCUCCCAUCGUAUUUGUAUAUGCUGAGAAUGAGUAAUCCCGGCACAUUAUACGACCUUGAGAUGAAGGAUGAUGGCAAGUUCCAUCAUAUGUUUGUUGCACUUGGACAGAGCGUGGCUGCCUUUGAGAAGGGUUACUUGAGGCCGGUCAUCGUCGUAGACGGGACCCAUCUGAAGGGAAGAAACGGCGGCAUUUUGUUCGUCGCUGUUACAAAGGAUGGGAACGAAGCAAUAUUUCCUCUCGCAGUUGGGCUUGGUCCUAUCGAGAACGACGAGUCUUGGACUUGGUUCUUCCACCGACUGCGGACUUGCUUUGGUCAGCCGGAUGAUCUCUUGAUUGUGUCUGAUCAUCACAAGAGCAUCAGAAAUGCUGUGGAGUGA